AACACUGCCUAUCUUGAGAAUCUGAAAUUACCGUCCAAAGUAAACGACACCGCUACCUCCUUCCUCCCCUUCCGCCUUCUCCCACGCCCCAAAGUUGAUGUCUACUCUGAAGGACUGCCCCAUGGCUUCGAAUGGGUCCACACCAAAGAUGGUUUUCAAGAAGCCUUCAGCCCUCACUCAGUUGCGGCUCCUCCAACGACCGCUGGAUUUUUCACUAAAUAGUCCCAUGGCCCUGACGGGGAGAAGCCCGCUAUCCACAUUAAUGGAGACCUCACCCGCCUCGCCCAGUUUUGUGGUGCCAGACUCGCCCAUGAGCGUGUCAUCGCCGUCUACGCCUACUCCGCUCAAACCCUUGGUCUUGAAUACCUCGCCCUCGACUCCCAAAUCCUCGACACGGGGCCCCAUAAUGAAAAAGCAGGCCCUGACCGCAUCGGAUCGUGGCCAUAAAAAGGUGGAGGGUGAGGCCGCCGCGGGUGCCAAGACCAAUUGUGAGGGCAGCUUUCUGAAGCGACGGAAAGGCAUGCGUGGCGAAAAAAGGUCCAUCAGUAUGGAGGAUGUUGAGGAUUCUCCCAUCUCCUCCAAACGGAGGGAAUAUCGACCCACUCGUCCCGGACUACCCGUACUCCAGCGGUCGUUUUCCGAGGCCAAUGCCGCUUCCAUACGGCAGGCUUGUGAGCGAUUGGACGAGCCCAAUACGACGGCCGAUCGCACUCGCACCUUAUCCCUGCCUGUGAUGUUGAAGGGAAAGAAGCACACGGAUCUGGACACCAUUGAUUGCCAUACAUUGGCCAGACUCAUGCGCGGCGAGUUUGCGGACAAAGUGGAAAGUUAUCGCAUCAUCGAUGCCCGAUAUACGUACGAAUUUGAAGGUGGCCACAUCCGUGGGGCCGAGAACUUUGGUGCUUGGGAGGAACAAACUUUCUUUGACGAAUUUCUACCCAGCCAUUUGGUACCGUUGCCCUCGGGCAGUCACCAAAAUAAUAAGGACCAAGACAAGCGACAGAUUCUGAUCUUCCAUUGCGAGUUCUCGUCCCAGCGAGGACCCAAGCUUUACCGCGAGCUCAGACAGAGGGACCGCAUAGCCAAUGCCGAAUCCUAUCCUUGCCUUCACUACCCCGAGGUUUACUUGUUGCACAACGGCUACAAGGAAUUCUUCUACAACUACAAGGAGCUGUGCGAACCCCAAGCCUACUUGGAAAUGGUCCAUCCCGCCUAUAUUGAACAGGAAUUGAAAUUCCGGAAAAAGUCCAAGUCUUGGACUGGCGGAACCGGCGGGACCACAAUCAAGAAAGGGGCCCUUACUCGUCUGUUCUGAUCGGUGGUGAUCGCGCAUUUAGUUGUUGUCCUUGUUUCUUAGACUGUCUGACUUGAUUUAGCGUUGAUUUAGUAUUGCCCAUGAUCUCAAUGCUCUCACCACCUCUCCGGUUUAUGAGAGCCCACACACUCUACCAUAUAUUAGUGAUUCUUGGAACCCCCAACCCUAUGAGUUGAUACCAUGAUCUAUCUACCUUGAUAUCUUGGAAACCUGACUGAUACACGUUGUCCAAGACGAUCUCCAUAUCCACUCUAGUACACUUCUUUGACUGUUCCACUGCCUUUGAAACGCGUCGAAAAUUUCCAGCAAUGUCCGAGGACCUACCGACCCGCUUCUCAUUUUGCCCUCGAUCCUAAGUUUUGGUUACCAAAAUCAAAGAAAAACUUUUGCCUUUGUCAAAUAAACCCAUGAAUUUUCUUCUCUACCUUGCUUGCAUUGUCUAUGAGCCAAGUAGUGGUUGGGCGGAUGAGUAAAGCGCGGAAUAAAAAGUUUUCAUUGCUAACGGUCA